AUGGGCCUCCCACAACAACAAGACUCCUCCGCAGAGCCCUCAUCAACCAAACCAACCUCCGCCACCUCCUUGCCACCCGAAGCCCUCGCCCUCGCCUCCAAACUCUUCGACUUCGCCCGCGAAGGCAAAACCCCAGAACUGACCCAAUACAUCUCCGCCGGCAUCCCCGUCAAUCUGACAAACCACAAAGGCGACACGCUCCUCAUGCUGGCAUCUUACCACGGGCACGUCGAGACGACGAAAGCGUUAUUGGAUCUCGGCGCGGACGCGAAUGUGCUGAAUGAUCGCGGACAGAGUCCGAUUGCGGGGGCGGUUUUCAAGGGGAGUGAGGAGGUUGUGAGGUGCUUGGUGGAUAGGGGGGCGGAUUUGAGGGCUGGGCAGCCGAAUGCGGUGGAGGCGGCGAGGAUGUUUAAGCGGGAGGAGAUGCUUGGGAUGUUUGGUGUGGAAGAGUAG